AUGAAUUUCGCAGUGAAUCUUCAAUCAUCUACAUUUAAUCAGACAUCGUCAUUUCUGCGUCUAGUGGAACAUAUUCGUCGAUGUGUUCACGAACGCGAACAGAUCAAGCAGCAACGAUCUGUUACUGAUUAUAUCGACCAUCUAAAACGAUCGACGAAAGGAAAUCCAUUGUUGACGCGUGCACUCCUUCAAUUUUAUGCUACAAUAAAAAUUUUUUCAUCACAAAAUAAUCGUUUCUCGUCUACAAGUAUCUUUGGUCCAACAGAAUCAAAAUUGAGUUUAGGUGAAAAAACUUCUGUUGAUAAUCUCUAUACAAUCGAUCAUGACGUCGACCUGAGAUCUAGCCUAUCAGAUAUUAGUUUAAUCGACCUGAAACCAACGAAAUCGACUACUCAUUAUAUUGAACCAAUGAACAAUCCUCACCAAACGACUGGCCUAUUGACAAAAGCAACACUUAAUGCUAUUAAUAAGGCACCACAUCAACGUUCAACACAUGAUGUUGAAAUUCUCAAACAUUUACUUCAUAAUUGCGAAAAUCUUCGGCAAUUACCUUCUCAUGUUCGGCACUAUGCUGCUCGGUCACUUCGACUUCUUACAUACCCUCCGAAUACAAUCAUCACUCGUCAAAAUCACCCAUCGACUCUCGUCUAUAUCAUCGUAUCUGGCACAUGUAAAACAGUACUUGAGACUGAAGAGCGAGCAAUACUUGGCACUGACUUAAAUAUUGGCUAUGUCGAUGGAGAUAAUUCUCUCGAGUAUCGUUUGAAUGGGUUGAUCACAAGUGAAAUGAGUCAGUGCAACUUAGUUGUGUUUUUUCGGAGAGAUUUACAAGUAUAUACGAAUUAUUUGUCUGACAUUCUGAAACAAUCGUUACUCGAACAACUUCGAGCACAAUCAACAUUUGCUGUACUUUACUGGCGAAAUGAUAUAAUAGAAUACUUUUUGAAAUGGACGAAAUAUAAACAAUAUACAGUCGAUGAAAUAAUCUACGGCAACGUAGACUAUCAAGAUGAGAAUCUUUACUUUAUUCUUUAUGGUCAAAUAUCUUUCGUCUGCUUAUUAAAUUUUCCAUCUCGAGUGAUUCAACGUCCGCACUUGAAUGAACUCUAUCAAGCACGGAAUUCUCAGGAGAAUGAGAAAGGAAUCACUUGGCGUUUCUUGGAAGUGUUCACUCUUUCAAACGGUCAUUAUUUUGGAUUUGAACCGGUAACAACUCACGCGUGGUACCUUACUCGAACUAUUGUCGACAUCAUUUCCAGUAACAGCGUCUGCUUUUCUCUUCUCUAUUUCCUUUCGUGCUCUCCAGUUCCAAAAGAUCGAUUCAAACAAUUGGGUCACUUCGCUCCGAUGAUCUUCGAAAAACUUCGCGAAGAUUUUCUUGAUAUGUAUCCAAAUACAAAUUUCAUUCGUAGAUCUUAUAUAAAAUAUCUUCAAACGAAUCAAUCAAGCGAAAAAGACUUCGUCGCAGUAAAGUUUAAGAAUCAAAAACAGCGAAUGGUUAGCAAUAGUCAUGAAAAAAUCAACUGGAUUCCCGAACAGAAUCUUUUGAGUAUAUAA